AUGUUAACACUACCGUUUGACGAGUCUGUCGUAAUGCCCGAAUCCCAGAUGUGCAGAAAGUUUGCUAGACAAUGCGAGGACCAGAAACAAAUUAAGAAACCAGAGAGCUUUCCAAAACAAGUUGUCCUUCGAGGAAAGAGCAUUAAAAGGGCCCCUGGAGAAGAAACAGAGAAGGAGGAGGAGGAGGAAGACAGAGAAGAAGAAGAUGAGAAUGGUUUGCCCAGAAGGAGGGGUCUCAGGAAAAAAAAGACCACCAAACUACGAUUGGAAAGGGUCAAGUUCAGGAGACAGGAAGCCAAUGCGCGCGAGAGGAACCGGAUGCACGGUCUCAACGAUGCUCUGGACAAUUUGCGAAAAGUAGUCCCCUGUUACUCGAAAACCCAAAAACUGUCCAAAAUAGAAACUUUACGGCUGGCCAAAAAUUACAUCUGGGCACUUUCUGAAAUUCUGAGGAUUGGCAAGAGACCAGAUCUGCUCACGUUCGUCCAAAACUUAUGCAAAGGUCUUUCCCAGCCAACUACAAACUUGGUGGCAGGCUGCUUACAGCUCAACGCCAGGAGUUUCCUGAUGGGUCAGGGUGGGGAGGCGGCCCACCACACAAGGUCACCCUACUCUACAUUCUACCCACCCUACCACAGCCCUGAGCUGGCCACUCCCCCAGGGCAUGGGACGCUUGAUAAUUCCAAGUCCAUGAAACCCUACAAUUACUGCAGUGCAUAUGAAUCCUUCUAUGAAAGCGCUUCCCCCGAGUGUGCCAGCCCUCAGUUUGAAGGUCCCUUAAGUCCUCCCCCAAUUAACUAUAAUGGGAUAUUUUCCCUGAAGCAAGAAGAAACCUUGGACUAUGGCAAAAAUUACAAUUAUGGCAUGCAUUACUGUGCAGUGCCACCCAGGGGUCCCCUUGGGCAGGGUGCCAUGUUCAGGUUGCCCACCGACAGCCACUUCCCUUACGACUUACAUCUGCGCAGCCAAUCUCUCACUAUGCAAGAUGAAUUAAAUGCAGUUUUUCAUAAUUAA